AUGACUGUAUCUGUCCCUGAUAACUUUAAAGGCUUCGCUGUUGACGGUAAGGCUAACUGGAACAAGCCAAAGUUGGUCUCCUACCCACGUAAAGAAAUCAAGCCCACCGACGUGGUCCUCGAGAACAUCUGCUGUGGUCUUUGUGGUACUGAUAUUCACGCAACUCAGGAGAACUGGGGUAAUGUCAAGAGAAAGGACUUGGUUGUCGGCCAUGAGAUCAUCGGUAAGGUAAUUGCUGUCGGUGACGAUGUCAAGGAUAUCAAGGUUGGCCAGCGUGUUGGUGUUGGUGCUGCUAGCAACUCGUGCUGUGCUUGUUCUCGUUGUGAUAACGACAAUGAACAAUACUGUGGUAAAGGUGUUCCAACAUACAAUGGUGUUGACAACUUUGCUGACGGUUAUGUCACCCAGGGUGGUUACUCUUCCCACUCCAUUGCCAACGAGAAGUUCGUCUUCCCAAUUCCAGACGCCUUGGAGUCUGAGGUCGCUGCUCCAUUGAUGUGUGCUGGUUUGACCGUCUACUCUCCAUUGGUCAGAAACAUUGGCCACCUUAAGAACCCUACCGUUGCCGUUGUCGGUAUUGGUGGUUUGGGUCACUUGGCUCUUCAAUUCGCCAAGGCCUUGGGCGCUGAAGUAUACGCCUUCUCUCGUUCUUCUUCCAAGAAGAAGGAGGCUUCCACUUUUGGUGUUGACGGCUUCGUUGCCACUGCCGAAGAGAGCGACUGGUCUGACAAGUACCACGACAAGUUCGACUUGGUCUUGAACUGUGCCUCUCGUGUUGAAGGUUUCGUCUUGGACCAAUACUUGAACACCUUGAAGGUUGAUGGUCGUUUCAUCUCUGUUGGUUUGCCUCCAGCCAAGGACAAGUUUGAGGUUUCUCCAUUUUCUUUCCUUUCCAACGGUGGAUCCUUUGGCUCUUCCCUCCUCGGUUCAAAGACCGAAGCUCUUGAUAUGUUGAAGUUGGCAGCCGAACAGGGCGUCAAGCCAAUGAUUGAAAAGAUCCCAAUUUCUGAAGAUGGCUGCAACGAAGCAUUAAGCAGAUGUGACAAUGGUGACGUGAGAUAUAGAUUUGUCUUCACCGACUAUGCCAAAGCUUUCGCUUAA